GCCAUACCAGGAGAGUUCAUUAAAAUGUUAUGAUCUUUUCAUUAUGCGAGUUAGAAACAACUAAAGAGUAUAAUUCUUCUCCAAAUACCUUUCUGUCCCUUAUCGUCUGGGCUAUUAAAAGUUGGUCGUGGUUCAUCUUUGAAAUCGUUUCUUCAGCCUUGAUCAUGGCAUCUAUGUUUGAUCAAUUUUCAAGUGCCCAUAACUUUGACAAAAUAAAAUUGUGGAACUCCAACGGGCAUUUGAUCAUCAAACACUUGGUGCUCAUCAACAUAUUCAUCAACUAUGUUUCAUCACCAAAAACUUUUGAUCCUUCCUCCACCCGUUUAUUCUCUCCAAAGUUGCAAUCUUCUUCUCCCAUAGGUUGUUCUUUGCUUACCGCAAAAACAACGUUUGACAAAUUAAAGCAAAUAUCAUUCAGAAACAUUGGAAGAAAUUAAACCCAGUUCUAAAAUUAGCAUCAGAUUCUUGUGUUCUUAACAUGUGGUACUCAACUCUAAAUCAAUUCUAUACUUGUGCGUUUAGUUGAUUUAGACAUAUGCAAAUUGUUUGAAAAAUCGCAGUGUUUUAGCGUGUUUGUUUUUUCGUUCAUCCACCAAAAAAUAGUGGCAGUGCUUUUCUUUUUUAAACAUGUUAUUGAGCCAAUAAGAUUGGGUACAAACAAUGAAAAUACAAGUAAAAAAGAUCAUGGAUUAUUAAAAAUGGAAGCUGAAACAAGUUUGCAAUCUACUCCUCCUAAAAAAAAAAAAAGGAGAGAAUGGAAAAAUGUUUUUCAAAGUAAAAUAGGAAAAAAGAGAAAAAAAAAACCCACAAAUUGUUUCGAAAAUCUUUAAACCUUGCCGUUGUUGUAUGAAGCCUCGCCUGUAGUCGUCCGAAGCCUUACCGUCGAUGAAUAAAGCCUACAAUCAUUGUUCAUCAAAGUCACCUGUGGCGUGAGAGAAUAUGGGAACGUGAAGAUGGAGGAGUAGGAGGAACUCUUUGACCCCCAAAUUUUAUCAUAUUUUUGACGAUUUCCCAUUUUAUUUGAUUAAUUGAAAAUUUUCGUGUAAUUAAAGUUUGAGCUUGCAUUGGAACUAUUAAUUUAUGGAGUUAUUAUUUUCUGAAAUAAAUUUGUUUCCAUUGUUAAAAGAUUUUGAAUCAAAGGUUCAUUUCAGGAUUUUGAUUCAGCUUGUUUUGAGUUAACGAUUAUGGUGGGAGGAGAAAAGAUUUAUGGGAUGCUUUUUAAAAAGGAUGAGUUUUGAGACAAAUAAGAGAUGUAAAGUCCAGAUUGCCCCUUAAAUUGGAAAACCCUAAAAAUCUCAAUUUGGUGUUUCUCCGUUUCUUCUCACGCAUUCGGCAGAAAUCCCCAAAAAUCGGCAGCCAACGGAGAAGUGCACUGAUAGUCACGCGCUCAAAACAGAGCUCCGGCGGCUUCAUGCAACGGAGACAACAUCAGAGCUCCGGCCGGUGAACCCUUCGAACGUUUGGAUAGUCACGCGCGUGGGGGUCUGAAUCGUGUUCGCCUUCAGUCCAAGUCGCCGGCGGUCACAGUCAGCCAAUUCGUCGAAGUUGCCGUCCAAGUUUUUCGUUUGUCACAUGCCAAGGAGAAAAUGAUGGAGAGGGGUAGAAGAAGAAAGCUCCUUAGGGCUUAUUUUAGUGCACAAAUUAUUUGUGUCAAAACUCAUACAUUUAAAAAGCAUUUUCAAAUGGAAGUAUUGGUAGCGUGAUAAUGAACUUUGAUAUAGAAAGAUAGUUAUAUGGCCAAAUCUUUGUUUCAUAAUCUUCGCAGAGCUUCUCUGCUUUUCAGAUCAUCAUCUCUGAACCAACUGUCUUUCAGACCCAUUCUUGUGAUCCCUGACACUGUUUUCUCCCAAAUUAAAAACUUUCCUGAAGCCAACAUCUCAAAACCUUUGUUGGGAUUUAGAAAUUUGAGCCAUGGUUCCGUGAAUCUUGUCGUAACCCAAGGGAAACCAAAGUUUGAAACACAUGUAGUAGAUCCUCCAAAAAAAGAGAAGUGGAAAACUAAAAAAAAGUUGAAGAUGCAGCGAAUGAGAUCAAAGCAGAAAAGAAAAGCAGCAAAUAAGAGAGACCCUCGUCAACUGCGUGUCAAGGGGAAGAAGAAACAGAAAUUUCCAAAUGCAGCAGAGAGAAUCAAGAACAAGCUGGAAAGAGCCAGGAUUAAGGAAGCAUUGCUGAUUGAGAGAUUAAAGCGGUAUGAAGUUCCUGAAGUUCAGGGUCCUAUAGUGAAACCACACAAUCUGACUGCUGAGGAACGAUUUUAUAUAAAGAAAAUGGGUCAAAAGAGAUCUAAUUAUGUACCUAUUGGAAGAAGAGGAGUUUUUGGAGGUGUGAUUCUAAACAUGCACAUGCAUUGGAAGAAACACGAAACUGUUAAAGUUUAUUGCAAGCCUUGUAAACCUGGGCAAGUGCAUGAGUACGCACAGGAAAUUGCAAGAUUGAGUGGAGGAAUCCCAAUACAGAUAAUUGGUGAUGAUACUAUUAUCUUCUAUCGAGGGAAGGAAUAUGUGCAACCAGAAGUUAUGUCACCAAUUGGUACAUUAUCUAAAAAACGGGCACUGGAAAAGUCCAAAUACGAGCAAUCCCUUGAGUCUGUACGCCGCUUCAUUGCCAUUGCUGAGAAGGAACUGGAGCUAUAUUACAGGCAUAUUGCACUUUAUGGUGACCCAAAUGAUAGGAAUCCAUUGUCCAUCUUAAAUGUUCCAUCUGACAACUUGAAGAACUCAGACAAACAUCAAAUUACUAAUAUGGAAGAUUCUCAUUCUGCUGCUCUUUGCCUAGAAUCUGAUGUUAUGAAUCAAAGAAAUCCCGAUUUCUCGGAUGACGAAUCUUUAGAUAUUGGAGAUGAAUUUGGAGAUGCCUGCUUUUCUACAAGUGAAUCAGAUUUUGAAAGUGACAAAUUAGAUGAGUCCGAUGAUGGGAGGAUAGAAGUUAGUGUUUCCCAGACAGAAGAGAUGUUCUCAACCACAAUGAACACAUGUUCAGCUUUCCAGAACAAAUGUGAAUUUCAUAAGCAAGAACUACCGAUACACUCAUAAAAAUCUCAUUAGACGGAAGUUUGAUUUUUUGUUCAGCUUCAAUAGACGUAUUAGAUACUAUGAUACAAUGUGAAAACAUGAGUUGAUUUGUGUAUAACAGAAAUUUUCAGAAAUUAUAAUAGCCAACUGCUUCUAUA